AGACCCAGGUCAUGAAACUAGCAGAAAACUACUUUGGUUUGGACCUCUUGAAAUGCAAUAGAUUACAUGUACAUACUUUCAGGGUCCUUUAAGUAUCUUCAGUGGGAAAGAUACCACGUUAUCUACUACCUCUACUCCGCAUUGUUUAUUCGACACGCCAUGUCACUGGCACUAGUUGUUAUUUUGGACAAGUAAUGCUUUUAAGAUGGCUACUGGUACUGACCGUACUCUAGAAAACGCCAGAAGUCGGUCUUCUCCAAGGACACCAGUCACUCCAGAUGAUUUUUUACUGGAAACCAAGCUUGUGAUCCUCAGUUAUCUUGGCCUUAUCCCACCACAUCUGCAUCCUCAUAAUAUUGAUUUGAGUUCAGAAUCAGAGUCCAUUACUUCCUCUCCUGACUCUGCUUCUGUUUCUGAUUUUCAUUUUGAUUCACAUGAGAAAAGAAAAUUGGAAAUAGUUUAUGAUGCAAAAGAAGAAGAUGAGGAAGAAGAGGAGGAGCAUGACUUUGACAGUGUAGAUAUUAUGCAGUUGCCACCAGGUGUUGUGAAAGUGGAGUUUCAGAAGGAGGAACUUGACAUAAAUCUUGAAGAUGCAGCUACUGGUAAUGUGGGUCACGUUGUGCAAGAGGAAUGUCAUAUGACUGUCACUGGUCCUGGUGGCAGUUUGAGAGUAGGAUCAAAUACAAGUGUGCAUUCGGAUUCCUCACACACCAAUUAUACUAUUUCUGAAACAAGUAGUGACAUAACUUUACCUUCUUUAUCUGUCACUGAGUCAUUACGUGAAAGUUCCGUGCCCAGUGGAACUUAUUCAAAUGAUCAGGGAAGAAUUGCUCAAAGUUUUAAAGAUAAUCAUUUCAGGAGUAAAUCAGCUGAUAUUCCACAUCUGUCAUCAGCUGUGCACAAGAAGUUGGCACUGCGCUUGGACUUGGUGGCAAGAAACACGGUGUCGGAUGAGAUGGUUUCUGUUGCAACAGAGGCCAGACAAUCAAUUGAAAACAUAAGAGGCACCAGUCAUCAAGGAAGUGGCCAUCGUGUAAUAUCACCAACAGGUACAUGUUGUGAAACUCCAAUGACUCCACAGACUGCAGUGGCCAAACGUUUAGCACUUUUAGGAGACCAGAUUUGCCAAGAUCCAGAGUUAAACCGCAGACUGCAGGAGGCCAUAGAUACCAUACUCACCUAUCCAUCUGAAACCCUGACUUAUGACAUAUUUCAGAACACGGCAUCACAUGUGAUGGGGCAGCAAAUGCCAGGAACUACACAGGUGGCCCUUUUAUUGCGCUUCACCAAACUGGCAGCAGUGGGCUUGACAAAAUCUGGUACCUCAGGCAUUGGCAGGCUGACAGAAUAUGCUACUAAACUGAUAGCUGACAGGACUGCAGACUUUAUUCUGCAAAACGGAGGAUGGGACGCAGUUGCGAAUGUUGAUCCAGAUCACAUUGACACCAACCCCCUCUUCAGUUCUUCCGACAUCAGUCUCCCCGGUGCCCUGUCUCCAUUAGAAGUACAGCUGCCACCUGUUCAGGAAGAUGAUACUGUAGUCCCAGAGGCUACUGCAAAGGAUCAGCCUGAUGCACCUGACAGUGGAAGAGAACCUCGAGCUGAUGAAUCAACUGCUGAAUCAGAGAAAACCCCUGUUGAACAGUUUGUCUUGAGGAAAAGGGAAAGAUCGUUUUCGAGAGAAAGGUCUGAUGAAUCGGUAUUUGCAAAUGAGGAUGAAGAUGGCACUAGUGAUUUUGACUCAGAUAGGUUUAGUUACUAUACUACGAUGGCUAUUUAUUCAGCGGGUGCAGCAGCAAUUGCUGUACUGACUCUUGGAGUCUGUAUCUUGCUGCUUCGAAAACGCUGA